AUGAAUCCAUAUUUUAUUGGCCUCGUUGUUCCCGUUGUAUUCACUUUCAUGCUGCGGAAAAACAAGGAUGCAAAAAGACGUGGAUUGCCUGUUGAUGUUGGUGGAGAACCAGGAUAUGCAAUCCGGAACUAUCGUUUUACUUCUCCAGUUGAAACUGCGUGGGAAGGAAUUUCAACACUGGCUGAAUUGUUUGAGAAAUCAUGUAAAUUAUAUUCUAGCAGAAACCUACUGGGGUCCCGUGAGCUAAUAUCUAGGGAGACAGAAGUAACCACGGAUGGAAGGUCUUUUGAGAAGCUUCAUUUGGGAAUCUACCAAUGGGUUAGUUAUGGCCAAACUUUCGAAGAUGUUUCCAGUUUUGCCUCUGGUUUGGUGGGGCUUGGCCAUGGGCAUGGAGAACGUGCCGCAAUAUUUGCUGAUACAAGGGCGGAAUGGUUUAUAUCCUUACAGGUACUCAACCAUUGGACUGGCAUUCAUCCAUAGUAUCUCUUGGAUAAAUGUUUCUUAGUAUGUUGAAGAUUUUAUACCCAACUUUGGAGUUAUUUGGUUCCAUUCCAACUAUUUGAAGAAAACCAUGUAAUGUAAACCUGAUUUGUGAUUCUAUUUUUCUUACUCUUUAAUAUUCGGCUUACCAUAGGUGAGGAUUAGCAACUGGUUCUGGAGAAACUGUACCUUCAAAAUCUUUUUGACAAUUUAUCGGAAAAGCUUGCUUUGAUGUUUCCAGCAUUCUAAUCGUUUAUAUCCUAUUUAAUAUGUGGUUAUCUAUUUCUUGCACGUUUUUAUACGGUGUUCCUGGGCAAUAGGACAUCAUUAUAAGAGGGGAGGUGAUGUGAUGAUAGCCUUGCUUGUCACCUCGAAUAUUGAGUUGUGAAUAUUGUUAGAUAAACUUAUAAAAAUUCAUAUUAUUACGAAGCUAUAUUAUCCCAAUGGGAGUUCUUAAUCAUGAACAAUUAGAUGUUCACAAGUGGAAAGGAUAUUGAUAAAUUUUUUAGCCAAUGGACUCUUUAAGUAGACCAAUGUUUGCCUAUUGACUAGUUUUAUCUGAUUUUGGGGUUUAGUGACCUAGUGGUAAACUAUCUAAUACUUGAUAAAUAUUAAGGCUUGCAACAACGAAAUUAUGAGGCAUGCCUACAAUGUUUGAUCAACUAGUGUGAUAACACUUGCAUGAAGGCAUCGAUGUUAUUUUCUCCAAACAAAAAAUUAUACAAUUCGUGAUUUCUAUUAUAUGAAAAGUAAAGAUGACAUGUUUGAUAAAUUUUUAAAAAAUAUGGCUUAUUCUAUUUUCUAUUUUUUUGUGUAUGACUUUUUAAUGAGUGUCAUAAAAUCAAAUUCCUGUGAUAUUGAUCGGCAUCGAAUGUAAUGUAGAUACGUGAAUAUUAAUGCCUAUGAGAAUCUUAGCUCAAACCGAGCUUUAUUAGGGCCAUGACUUUUGGCAUAAGUGGUGAGCUAGAAGAACAGCGUGCUGCAUAUUUUAUUUAGCCUCCUCAACUGCUACAGAUUCUUGUUAACUUUAAGAAAAAUCUCUUUCAUAGGAUGGUUUUAGGAUGUUACAUUCGAGGGAGACUGUAUAAUUCAGAUAUUCUACCAGUAUUUUGAUUUGUUUCCUGCAGUUUGCUAAUUUACAUGUUUUUCUUGGAUAGGCGUGCUUCAGGCGAAACAUCACAGUUGUCACCAUAUAUGCUUCCCUUGGCGAGGAAGCCCUUUGUCACUCACUAAAUGAGGUUUCAUGUCUCACACUAUGUUUCUAUUUAAUUUUUUGAAUUUUUAAUUGUGAUUUAUGAUUUAGUUCCUUAUCAGGAGGGAGAAGGAUAGAAAGAACAAGAACACCUUUAAUUUUUUUAAUUAUUCACGUCUUGAAAAGAAACAGAGAUAAACCAUGAUAGAAGUCUGUUAUUUCUUAGUACCUCUAUCUGUUGUGUGAUUUUAUGAUACACAAACCAGAGAAGAUUUGUCUUAGGUUAAAAUUAGAAUUUAAUCUUUUUGACAUGUUUAUAUUUGCCUCUAGUCAUGGAAAAAGGGAAAAGUUCUCUCGUGUGAAUGCUGAAUUCUCUUUUGUGUUGUUGGUUCGAUAUUAUCAACGUUAACCUUUCAUAUCUAUUUUAAAGUCCAUUCCGAUUGGAGAACUGCGCCUCAAUAAACUUUAAUACUUAUAUUUUGAGUUUUCCUGAAUAAGAUACUGCGAGGAUGUUUCUUCAAUGAGAAAGUAGUUCCCGUGUAGUUCCACCUGCAAGUUUCUGAGAGGUCGAAAAUCCAAAAGCUCAGAUAACAUUCCAUGGGGGUCCUACAAAUAAGUUUCUUUAUUGUCUGUCAUCCAGAAGCUCGGCUAAACAUCCAUGGCAGUGAACUGAAGAUCCUUUCUGUUUCCAGCUGCCAAAUAGCUCAGCUAAAAAAAAAUGCUAUUCGAUGAUAGAUGUCUGUUCAAGUAUGUUGGGCGGAGGAAUUAAUUGCUAGCUUAGUAAUGAGACCAUGGGCUUCUGUCUUCAACUUGAGACAUUGGAUAGAAAGAAAUGCCAAAGAUCAAUAUUCGGCGGAAAGAAGUCACCAACUCGACCUCUUCAUUUUCAUGAAGCAUUAUUGUCAUACUUUGGCCAAAAUGCUGGGUAAAAGUAUUGUAAUAAUUAUCUUUGAUAUAAGGUUCAUUCUUGCUUUUGCUUGUUUACGUGUAUAGAAAUAGCUUAAAGCUACGUAAAAUUGCAUUUUCUUGUGCAACAACCACUUCACCGUCCAUUGUUUUAUAUGGAAAGAAUUUUUAGCUUUCUCCAUUAGCCGAAGAUAAAUAGUUAUAUCUUGCCCCUAAUAUACAACGGAUCUGUGCUGUCAAUUUAUUUUUGAUUUUCAUAUGCAUAAAGUUCUAUUGGUCUUACUCUGAUAGUCAACGUCCCCCAUCCCUGAUUUAAAAUCGUCUCAGCGUUUCUGAAGCAAAAAAAAUCCAUGUUGCUAAAAUUUUGUCUAGUCUUAUAUGCGGAGGAAACAGCAAAAAAACUUUCCUGUAGCCUCGUUUUCAUCGGAAACAGCAGUCAGCACUCAAUUUCGUUAUUUCAUUUUGGUCAUUCCAGACUGAGGUUUCAACUGUGAUUUGUGGAGGCAAGGAGUUCCAGAAAUUGGUUCAGAUUAGUGGGCAGCUUGAUACUGUGAAACGUGUUGUCCAUAUAGAAGACGAAGGCAUUUCUACAGACGUCUCACUGGCAGAGAGAAACACCAACUGGAAGGUCAUAUCAUUUGCGGAAGUCAAGAGACUUGGCCGGGAAAACCCUGCCGCUGCACAAUUGCCUGCCUCAGCUGACGUAGCAGUGAUAAUGUAUACUAGUGGCAGCACUGGUUUGCCUAAGGUUUUCUCAACCACUGAAAAUAUUAUGAAUGUAUCUCCUUUUGUACUACUGUCGUAAAAGAUGCACUAUUUAAAGUAUUUGACAUUAUUUGAAAUUGUCACGCAAAAUUUUCGGUAUUUUCAUAAGUUGGAAUGAUGCUUUCCUCUUUCUAGUUCGUAUUUCUCACUUAAUUAAAAGUGGUAACGUUUUAGGGGAAUUUACAACUUCAAAUUAAUUUGACUUCAUGUUAGCAAUCGAAUUUAUUUUAACUAUGUACAGAUUAUCUGACACAGUUAAUGUUGCAAGUAACUAUUUAAAGGAUAUUUUUUUAUGAAACCAAAUUACUUUAGUAGAAAUGCGUCAUGCUAUCAAUCUCAAUUUUUUUCUCUCAUAAAAAAAUAUUGAAACUUUUAUGCCGUCUUAUGUACCGUGCCUAAAAUGGCACAUGCAAUCUAGUGAUGAUAUAUGAUUCCGGAUUUAAAUCAUCAUAUAGACUAUGCCAAUAAUUGCGCAAAAAAUCUACUGAUAGCAUAUUGUCUAUCAUUUUUGUUGUGGAUAAUUUGCAUUUUCUUCUUUAACUUGAAUUUUCUUCCCUGUUCCCCUGUUUUCCUUGUUUUGGACCGAUUUCUGUUAAAAUAAAGCCUCAUUCUUACGUUUUCGUUGUUUUCUUUCAAUGUCAAUGAUGGCUAUAGAUGCAUCAUAUAUACUAACAACCCUCACCAUCAACUUACCUUGUUUUCGCUAAUUUUAAUGGUUUAGCUGCUAAAAUACAGCCUACUACACAGUCUGUUUUCCAAGUUUAAUUUUCAGUAUGGCUACCAGUUACAUACAUGCAACAGAUGCACGAGAACUAUCUUGAAUUAUCGUUCCUCUUACUGGGUAUCCAUUCUGACAUUCUCUUCCCAUAGGGCGUGAUGAUGACACAUGGAAAUGUAUUGGCUACUGUUUCUGCGGUCAUGACUAUUGUCCCUGGGCUUCGUAAUGAAGAUGUUUAUCUGGCAUAUCUGCCCUUAGCUCAUAUUCUUGAACUAGCAGCUGAGGUAUGGCUUCUUAGGCAUUUGAUUUUUUCCCUAAUAAAUUCCUUUUGUGAUCCGGUAACCAACUGAUUCCUUGGGAUGGCAGGCUGUAAUGGUCGCUGUUGGAUGUGCUAUAGGAUAUGGCUCCCCGCUGACUCUUACCGAUACAUCAAACAAAAUAAAAAAAGGUACAAAAGGGGAUUCUUCAGUUUUGGCCCCAACACUCAUGACUGCAGUGCCGGCAAUCCUUGAUAGAGUCCGGGAUGGUGUUAGGAAGAAGGUAAUCCACUUUUCAUGUGAAAACGUUGACAUUUUAUGUUUAAUAUCUCUUCAAUGAGGUCUGGUGAGAGCCAAAGUUUGCUUGCUUUUCAGGUAGAUACGAAGGGUGGGCUUUCGAAGAAGUUAUUUGAUAUCGCUUACAAUCGCAGAUUGAGAGCAAUCAAUGGCAGCUGGCUUGGAGCAUGGGGAACUGAAAGGGUUCUAUGGGAUUUUCUUGUCUUCAAGAAGGUACGGGCAAUUCUGGGCGGUCAAAUUCGGUUUCUUCUGUCUGGAGGGGCCCCACUUUCUGGAGACACGCAGAGAUUCAUUAACAUUUGCCUCGGGUUUGUUCCUUCUCUCUGACUUUUUUUCCUUCAUUGAGAAGCACGCUCCGUGGGUUCGUUUUUCUUCUUGAAUUAUUAUCUCAAUUCGGAUCUUAUUCUGCUAACAAAUUUUAUGGUCACAAUGGCUGAAAGUCUCCAGGAUUUUGACUAAAAUUUGUGAAAAAAUGGUGUGGAUAGUAGAGAUUCUGCAGAAUUGUACGCAGAUCCAUUGAUGAUGUUUCUCUUGUUUUCAGAUCCAAGUGGCAGAUGUUUAUGUGAAGAUUUUUCUUUGUUCUUGAGGGUUGCAUGGACCACAAUAGGAAAAACAUGAGAGAGACAUUCUUUACCAAAAGUGUGUGGGGGCGGGGGGGGCUUCUUAAAGAGGAAUUGAUUCUUUGAAACCCGGGGAGAAUCUCAAAUUGAGGUUGAGCUACUUGCAUAGACCUACAGAAGGAUCUGAGCUAAGCCCCAUGAUGACUAAUGUUCUGUGGAUUCUUGCAGCCAUGAACAAGGACAAAGGCAUUAACUGCUCCUAUGCUAAUUUUACGUUUCCAUACACAUGCAUGCAGUGUGAGGCAGAACUAUCAUGCCCUUUUGCGGGACAAUGAAUGCCGAGGGCACCAUUUUUUUUCAGACCAGAGGUUCUAAAUUUAGAAAAUCGCCAAUCUUUUCUACCAGUGCCUGGCUUUAUGUUUCCUAGUCUCGUGUUUUCAGGGCUCCAAUUGGGCAAGGAUAUGGCCUCACCGAGACCUGUGCUGGAGGAACCUUUUCUGAGUUUGAUGACACAUCUGUCGGUCGUGUUGGUUCUCCUCUCCCUUGCUCAUUCAUUAAGGUAAUAUACGAAGAAUUGAGCUAAUUCCACUUAGUUUAAGAUCCUUGCUGAUAUCUCAGAUAGUAAAAUAAAUAAAAUAAAUAUAUCUAUAUAUAUAUAUAUAUAUUAUCACUGUGGUAUCUUGCCAUUUUCUCAUCUGAUAUGAUCCGGUGCGAACUGCUUUUCAUGUACAUAUACAUUAUGUUGCAGCUUGUUGAUUGGCCCGAAGGUGGUUAUCUCAUCAAUGAUUCACCGAUGCCUCGGGGAGAGAUAGUUAUCGGAGGCCCGAAUGUCACUGCCGGAUAUUUCAAGAACGAGGAAAAGACUAAGGAGGUCUACAAGGUAUAAACAGAUGUUAAUUUUAGGUUUCAAGACCGAGUUCCUUCUUUUCUAUUAAAGAAAAAUCAUCAAAUGUUUUAAUCGGGCUUAAGGUGGAUGAGAGAGGAAUGCGGUGGUUCUACACUGGGGAUGUAGGCCAGUUCCACUCAGAUGGUUGCCUUGAGAUCAUUGACCGGAAGAAGGAUAUAGUGAAGCUUCAGCAUGGUGAAUAUGUUUCCCUGGGAAAGGUACGGAUGUCAAGCUCAAUCUACCUUUAUCGUAUAAUAUUUGCUCUAAGUUCAGAUGAUUUCCUUAUUCAUUGACCUAUCUCCGAUUCAUGCUAAUGGAUUAAAGCAUGUAGUCUCCCCAGUAUGGCUGCCCGUUUGUAGAACUGACCCAGGCCCAAUUUGAGGCCCAUUUUUUUGUACGUUGAAUUUUUUUUCUGCAAGAUUACAUAAAGCAAUGCAUAGUUUUCAACGUUGUUGGGAGAAAUAUUUAAUAAUCUUAAUCUAGAACCCCAAGUGUGUUAUACUUUCUGAUAUAUACAUAGAUAUUAUAUCAUAUCAUAUCUCGGUAAAUCUUUACAAAGGUGUAUAAUUUAAUGCACGAUGCUUUCAAACAUUUGUAUAUAUGGUGCAAAGAAAGGGAGUGACAAUGGCACAAGAUAUAUUAUUUUAAUGGGCCGAGUGAGCCCAUGAGUCUCUCCAUAGUGUAUCUGUCCUCUCUCGUUUCUCUCUGUAACGUGUCUUGCAUUGCAUACGUUUCACUGCACAGGUGGAAGCUGUGCUUGUGGCGAGCCCUUACGUGGACAACGUCAUGGUGCAUGUUGACUCUUUCUACAGCUACUGCGUGGCACUUGUUGUUCCUUUACAUCAGGCCUUGGAGGACUGGGCCAAGAAACAAGGCCUAUCCUAUUCUGACUUUUCAGAUCUAUGUCUGAAAGAGGAAGCUGUCAAGGAAGUCAAAGCGUCCUUGGGACAGGUUUGCAUCAAUUUUUCAUCUUUUGCCAAACAUUCAUGUGCUUCUCGUUAUAUGAAAACCAUGGUUUUUGAGGCAUCACCUACGCAGCUUGAAAGUUUGCGGAACCUUUAAUUAAUUAUUCACGUUGAUAAACAUACCAUCAUUCGAUUUUGGUGAAUUUAAUUAUUAAAUUCACCAAAAUCAUUUAAAUUAAUUAAAGCUUAAUUAAUUCACAAUCCAUGAAUUAAAGCUUGAAAGCUUAAUUAAUUAUUGUUUGAAUAAUGCCCGAGGAAUCAUUUAAGCUUUCAUUGCUGCCCAUCUAUAUGCCAAGCAUUUAUAUGAAGAUCAUGGUUUUUAAGGCAUCUCCUAUGCACCAUGAAACCUUUCAAAGAUCUUAAUUUUAUUUUUUAAAUUGAUAGCAAAAAUUAUUUAUCCAUAGUAUUAAUAUCCUAUGCAUGCAUAUAUAUUAUUUAUAUUUGAACAAGGCAUAAUUAAUCAAUGCAUUUUUCACGAUUUAAUCCUUUUUUCAUAUUUUUAUUGUUAAUUUAACAUUUAUAUUUAGAUUAGUGCUUAAAAAUUUCAAAAUAUAUUUAUAAAACUCAUGGAGUCUAGUCCCCUCUCCCUGUUGAUCAGGCAUGAGGUAGUGGACCCCCCUCUGCUCGAUUGCAUUAAAGACCUGUUUAAGUUACCUUUGACUUGACUAUUUUUGGUAAGUCAAACUUACAUGCAUUGAAGCUAGACAACAGCGGGGGCUAUUUCAAAUAUAAAAAAGAAGGUUAUUUUCUAGAGUUGAGAUUUGUCUAUCCGUCAUGAACAUUGUGGGUGGUAGAAGGACCCACACUUGUUCUUUUCAUGAAUGGAGUGUUUGCAUCCGACAGGCUGCCAAACAAGGGCGCUUGGAGAAGUUUGAGAUCCCUUUGAAGAUUAAGAUCCUUCCGGAGCCCUGGACCCCUGAAUCAGGGCUGGUCACUGCAGCACUCAAGCUCAAGAGAGAAGUCAUCAAGAAACAGUUUGCAGAGGACCUUGCCAAGCUCUACAGUUGA